UCGGCUCGGUGGCUGCGGCGGCUGGCGGUGAGACUAGGCGCGGCGCGUGGAAGCAGGACUCGGGCGGGCGAGCCGGGGGCCGGCACCUGCGUGGCGGGAGCGGCCAGUGCUACCGUGGCCGUUCCGGCUGCUGUCAGCUGGGGAACACCUCCAAGAGUGUCUGUCAUGCAUACCUGGGAGUGAAAUUACUGGGCCGUGAGGUAGUCACCACACAGUUUGCUUUAUGAGGCUCACAACCAUCAGUGGGACAGGAACCAACGUCAAGUACCUCAUGAUGCGUCCAGACGAACCUGGGAAAACUGGGAGCUGCCGUCUGGACUUCCUCUGAAUCAGCUGCUAUUUCUUGGUGUCUCUAGUUUUAAAAGCUCCCCAGGGGCAACCUGAAAUCCCCUACGGUCUCAGAAUAGGAUGGGGAAGGGAUUCUGAAGUCCCCAUCAAACAUGUUUAUCUCACAAACCUCGGAAGGAGCCACAACGCCAAAGGCAAGAAUCUCAGGGCACUGCCCACACUGGUGUGAUACCCUGACCCCUGUCUAACAAAGCCAGCAUGUGUCCGGUGGGCCUGGCCAUGUGUGGGGCAGCGUUCCAGAACAGCGAGACAUCCCGGCAUUCAUCUGGUUUAGGACAGACCUUUAACUACCAGCUGGUGGCCACCUCAGUGUUCUUUAAAUAGUCCGGCCUUGAGGUCUCUUCACUGUGGUCUGUUCUGAUGCAUGGCCCCACCAGUAUGAAACAGGAUGACUUUGUUCUGUGGGCGAGACAACUGUGAAAGCGGCAGCUGUGUGUGUCGGAGUCUAUGGAGAGCCACCUAGAAUGUCCCCGACAAACCAGUCGGUGGAAGGCCUUCUGCAGGAGGCCUCCAACGGGUCUCUGAAUGCUACGGACACUCCAGCAGCCUGGGACCCGGCGACCCUGCAGGCCGUCCAGAUUUCUCUUGCUGUGGUUCUUGCCAUCAUCACGCUGGCCACAGUCCUUUCCAACGCCUUUGUGCUCACCACCAUCUUCCUCACCAGGAAGCUCCACACCCCCGCCAACUAUCUCAUUGGCUCGCUGGCCACGACUGACCUCUUAGUCUCCAUCUUGGUCAUGCCCAUCAGCAUCGCCUAUACCAUCACCCACACCUGGACCUUCGGCCAAACCCUGUGUGACAUCUGGCUGUCUUCUGACAUCACGUGCUGCACGGCCUCCAUCCUGCAUCUCUGUGUCAUUGCUCUGGACAGGUACUGGGCCAUCACGGACGCCCUGGAGUACAGUAAACGCCGGACCGCAGGCCAUGCGGCGGCCAUGAUCGCCAUCGUCUGGGUCAUCUCCAUCUGCAUCUCCAUCCCACCUCUCUUCUGGCGGCAGGCCAAAGCUCAGGGGGAGAUGUUGGACUGCCAGGUGAACACUUCCCAGAUCUCCUACACCAUCUACUCCACGUGUGGGGCCUUCUACAUCCCGUCUGUGUUGCUCAUCAUCCUCUACGGCCGGAUCUACCUGGCUGCCCGGAACCGCAUCCUGAACCCACCAUCCCUCUACGGGAAGCGCUUCACCACAGCCCAGCUCAUCACAGGCUCUGCGGGGUCCUCCCUCUGCUCUCUCAACCCCAGCCUUCACGAAGCGCACUCUCAUUUGGCCGGCUCUGCUCUCUUUUUCAACCAGGUCAAAAUCAAGCUUGCCGACAGCGUGCUGGAGCGCAAGAGGAUUUCCGCGGCUCGGGAAAGGAAGGCCACCAAAACCCUGGGGAUCAUCCUGGGGGCCUUUAUCAUCUGCUGGCUGCCCUUCUUUGUGGCAUCUCUUGUCCUCCCCAUCUGCCGGGACUCCUGCUGGAUCCACCCAGCCCUUUUCGACUUUUUCACCUGGCUGGGCUAUUUAAACUCGCUCAUCAAUCCCAUCAUCUAUACUGUGUUUAAUGAAGAGUUCCGGCAAGCAUUUCAGAAAGUGGUCCAUUUCCGGAAAGCCUCCUAGUCUUAUUUGGUGGUGACUCUGGCUAUCGUUUGUGUCCUAUAACCCAAUUGGAAUGGCCUUUUUUUAUUUCACCUGAGAUUUGGGUUAAUCCUGAUAUUUGGGGUUUGGGUUCAAUCCACAGAAUUGUUGUGUGUUUUUUUUAUUCCUGUUGUCUUCUUGACUUCUAAGCCACCAAAAGCUGGGAAGCUGAGUGAAAGGGGACAAAGACUGAAGAUUUCACUUAGCAUAAUAUUUUCAGGGUUCAUCCAUGUUGGAGGAAACAUGACCCAUCGGGUUCCCCAUUGAUGCAAUUCAGGUGGGGAACUGACUCUGUGGGAAGAGCCAGGCUCAAAAGCGGGGCUUUCUGGUCUACCAAAGUUUUUUUAUGGAACUCAAAGGAGGGUGGAUGAGAUUAAUGGCCUGAGUUGAAAGAAUUUGGAGGGAGGAAGGAAUCUCCAUUCCAUGUGGCACCUUCAUUGGAAAAUAACACCAAGGGAUUUCAUCCUCUGAUUCCUUCUCAGAUGGAAUCUCCCCCCGUUGUUCAUUUAAGGUGAUAACAAUGUAGAGUGACAGAGAGAGAUUCAGAACCUGGGGGCAGUGGAGUGGAAAGAUUGGAACCAAAUCAACUAUCUUGCUCCCUUCCUCCUUCUCCAAUAUCUCUGCACCCUAUGAAUGUUCUGAAGCUAAAACCCACAAUCACCCCCACUGAAGUAGAUUGACAGGCUUUGAACCCACCAAGGUUUGAGUGGAACACCAUUCUGAUUUUUCCCCCUGAAUUUUUACAUGCCAUUCUCAUUAGAGAUCUUAAAAAUGUUGAGUCUUAUCAAAUAAAAAGCAUGAGACACCAUGAUCAGUAAAGUCUUUGAGUAAUUUUCCCCCUCUCCCUGGAUGUAGAAACCUUUCAGUUCAAUUUUGUCUCCAGCAUUUAUUGAGUACCUACCACAUGCCAGGCCCUGUGCCAGAAUCCUGGCAUUUGUUAUCUCAUUGGAACCGCCUAACAAUGAAAGUCAGUGUAAUAUGAUGACUAGAGCAAAGGAUCUGAUACCUCAGUUCAAAUCCAAGGACUACCAAUUUCUAUCUGGGUAACCUUGCACAAGUUUCUUAAUCCCUCUUUGCCUCACUUUCCUCAACUGUAAAAUGGCAAUAAUAAUAGGUAUGUUAUUGUAUAUUUUAUUUAUUUUUAAAAUUUAUAUUUAUGGUUGAAAGUAUCACAACAAUGUAAUAAUACUUGACCCCUUCCUCCCCACUUUCACCUCCUCCUCAGACCUUCACUGCACUGUUGUCUGUGUCCAUGGGUUAUGCAUAUAUGCAUAUAAAUUCUUUGGUUAAUCUCUUCCUGCCCCCUCUGAGAAUCGUCAGUCUGUUGCAUGCUUCCAUGUAUCUGGAUCUGUUUUGUU